AUGGAGCACGACAAGAAGGACAGCUGCAGCCUCCUCGCCCUCUGCCUCCCGCAGUUCCAGCCGGGCCCGAAGGCAGUCACGUCCGAAAAGCAGACGGGCAUCAUCAAAGAUCAACCCAUCCGCUCUGCCCAGGAUGCCGCUUCCGAGUUCAUCGACAUCCUUCGCACCGCCGAAAAGGGAGGCAAAGACUUCGAGCACCGUCUCAGAAACAUCGUCACGGUCAACUCCUGGACCGAAGAGCUCGCCAAGUACAUCCUUUCCGGCGUCGAAGGCCUGGUCCGCCACCGCGACACCAUCGGCCAAGUCGUGAGGGAGACUGUGGACAAGUCGACCGAGGCCGCUGACAGCGUAUUCGAGUUUGCCAAGGAGCAUCCUGUCUUUGUUACCAUUAUCGCCAUUGGCGUGUUGGUUAUCGUUGCCCCCUGGGUGGUUGAGGCCCUUGGCUUCGGCGAACUUGGACCCAUUGCUGAUACCUUUGCCUCCUGGUGGCAGGCGCGAUAUGCCGGAUGCGUUCCCAAGCGAUCUCUCUUCUCUUUCCUCCAGCGGCUGGGAAUGACUUGGAAAUGA